GGCCAUGAAUGGGGCCAUGCCUGGGCGGUCCCUGGCGCUAAGCCUGACGCUGAAGCCGUCUAUUGGCCCUCCGAAUGCUCGCCAUGACCUUACCGAAGAUCCCGCCUUGUAAUCCAUCGAAGUCUUGAUGCGCACCCAUCUGCCUUGCGGAUCAGCAAUACCGCACCUCCACAGACGGGAUCGCCGCCUGCGCCCUCCAGGCUCCAUCUCACCCUUCUCCGCCACCUUCUCUUCCUUCCACCGCAGAAAAUGGGCCCUUGAGGGGAGGGAACUCUCCCGCGACUGCACAUACCGAUAGGCUUCGUACCGUCGGAGCGCGCCUCUGAAUUCGCGCAGCUGCCCUGAGGGCCUGACUUCAUUAAGCCCGGAGGCCUACCGCGCGCGACUAGAAAUCUAGCGUGCGGCCCACUUACCGCACAGCCGGGCUCUUGCGCUUUCCUUCCUCCCCCCAUGAUGCUGCCGGCGCGCGCAGCGAGCUCUGCGUCCUCGUCCGCGGCGGAGAAGCAGGACGGGCGUGGCACGGAAUCGCCGGCGACGGACGAUAUCAAGUCGCUGACGCCUGGUGAAGCUGACGAGAGUGUGGGAUCUGAGCGAGCACUCGCAGUGGACACUGCAUUCGCGGCGAGGGACUACACGAGCGACGACUUCAAGCGACUGGUUAGGAAACAAGACCGUUUCCUGCUUCCGCUGAUGUGGGUGGCGUACGGUGUUCAGCAAGCAGACAAGACGGGGAUCUCGACGCAGGCAACGUUCGGUAUAAUUACUGACACGAACAUGCGCGGCCAACAGUACUCAUGGCUGACCACGAUUUUCUACCUUGCUUACAUGUGUUGCGAAUUCCCUUCUAACUGGGUCAUGCAACGUGUCAACAUCGGGAAGACGCUCUCCUUCCUCAUGUUCUUCUGGGGCGUCAUCGUCCUCUGCACCGGCUUCGCCACCAACUGGGCCAUCCUCAUGGCCCUCCGCGCCUUACAAGGUGCCGCUGAAUGCACCAUAUCACCCUCCUUCAUGCUCAUCAUCGGUGCCUUUUACAGGCGGCGGGAGCACACAAUGCGAUCAGUGAUAUGGGGUACUGCGAACUCCGGGCUCGGGAUUAUUGUCAGCCUUUGCAUGUACGGCAUUGGCAAGCAUGCGCGAGAGCACGGAGGGCUCGCACCGUGGAAGGGAAUUUCCUUCUUCCUUGGCGCUCUGACCAUCACCCUAUCCAUAUUAUGUUUCUUCCUCCUAGGCACCCCGCGCGAAGUCAGCUGGCUGUCGGACGAGGAGAAGCGGAUGGUCGCAGCGCGCGUGGCAAAGGACCAAACGGGGUCCGAUCGACAGAAGCGAAGGUGGAAGAGCUAUCAGGUUUGGAGUGCACUGAGGGAUCCGCAGACGUGGUUCUUUUUCUUCCUCACCUUGCUGCAAACCCUCCCUAAUGGAGGCAUGUCGAGUUUUGGAAAUCUCGUUUACCUGUCGUUUGGCUUUACGCCGUUGCGGACACUGCUGGAAGGGACCAUACCGCGAGACGCACUAGCAAUUGUCUGGUUCCUCCUGGUUGGAUAUCUCACAACGCGAUAUAAGAAUAUCCGCCUCUACGUGACCAUGGCAAGCGCUUUCCCUGGCCUCGUCGGCAUGCUUGGCACGGCACUCCUUCCCAGCGGACCAGAGUACAGCUGGGCGAAGUGGGGCUGCUUCUUCAUGACCAACACGGCAGGUGUCUGUGGCCUAUUAAUCUGGACCUUCCUGCCCUCAAACGUUGCCGGCAGAACGAAGAAGACAGUGACUAGCUCAAUCAUGUUCAUCGCGUACUGCGCUGGUAAUGCUGCAGGCGCGCAGAUAUUUCGCCAGGAAGACGCCCCGAGAUAUAUACCCGCGAUCAUAACGAACGCAAUCUUGUACGGCGCGCAAAUAGUAGGACUGCUUUUAUGGCGAUGCUACUAUGUCUGGCAGAACGGGAGGCGGGACGCAGCUGCUCGGGCGGCUGGCAUCUCCGAAGACGAGCGUCGACGACUGGGGGCCUUGAAUGGAGAGCAGGACAUGACAGACACGGAGAAUAUCCACUUUCGCUACGAAGUUUGACGACAUGCACAGACCUUCGGUUAGAUUACAGGAUGUACUGACCCAUUGGGGUCUUGUAACAAUAGACAUUGUACCAUACGGCCGAAACAAAGUUCUAACACUCA